UCUGUCCCCUGUUGUCUGCCAACGGCAAUCUUUCACUCCCUGUCUAAGUCCUCUCAGACCAGCUUUGGUGGGAGGCUCCUGGGAUUGGCCCUUCCCAGUUUAGAGUCUCCUCAGAGACAGACUUUUAUUCCCUUUAUUAGGAGACAGACUCGUAUUUCCUCAGCAGGCAGCCUCUCGCCUCCCCUCAACCGCAGCACCUCUGCUGCCACCGUCUUCGCCGUCAUCACCUCAGCCUGGUCGCCACCCCAGUUGAGGUGCUGACGCAUCAUGUCUGCCACAGGGGAUCCAGACCCAACCCAAGGAGACCAGGAGGCCCUGGUGAGCCAGGAGGGAGCGCAAGUUGAGGUGGCCGGAGCUGGUGACUGGGAGGGCAUUGAUCCUGGUCCCAAUAGUGGCUUUGUGGUGCCCGUGGCUGAGGUGGCGGGAGAUGCAGGGCCCAUGGAAGGCCUCAGUGUGGAGGAGGGUGAGCAAGCGGCAGCUGCCGCAGCCCCCGGGGACAGGAGCGUUGAGGAGGACUCGGAUAUUGAGCUGUUGGAGGAGGAGGAGGAGGAAGAGGAGGAGGAGGAAGAGGGGGAAGCGGACCUCAACCUCAAUUUGAUCAUGGUCCCUCAUCGCUACCCCAUGAUGGGUGUUCGCUUUGUGUUACUCGACCUGGUCCAGUCCCUUUACCGCCGCCUCUAUCAAAACGACCACAUCAUCAUAGGGCCCCGUCACCGUAGCCGCCUGAUGGCGAUGGCCCGUGCUGCCGCACUCAAUCGCUCGGGCGAUCCCCACUGGCUGCUGGCACCUCAGAGGCUGGGCGUGGGGAUCCCAGGGCCAGAGGGCCAUGGCCUGGGCCUGAUCCAGGAGGCCGCAUCAGUCCCAGAGCCUAUGGUGCUAGCCGACCCCGCCGAGAUGGCAGGGGAGCCUGCAGAAGAGUCAGCUGAGGAGGCUGCAGAGGAACCACCUGCAGAGGGACCGGCCACAGAGGAACUGGCCGCAGAGGAACUGGCCGCAGAGGAACCAGCCGCAGAGGAGGCCACAGCCCCCAAAGAAGUCACUAAAUCUCAGCCUGAGAAGUGGGAUGAAGAGGCCCAAGAUGCUGCAGAUGAAGAAAAGAAAGAUCAAGAACAAGAAAAGGAUGUGAAAAGCAAGGGGAAGAACUCCAAAGGGACCUAGACACAGCAGAGGGGAAGCAAGAAAAUCCAGAUGCCUCUGGGAAUUUUAACACAUGUCAUUACAAAGUUCUUUACAUCAAAAGUGAUAUCCAGUGACAGCUAACUUUCCUGAAUGUAUUUGACAGUGUUUGUUCAAGUUAAAAAUAAAAGUUUACUUUAAAUUAAUAACCUGAAA